ACCUGGCGUCCUUCACCUGGAUGCUUCUGGAGGGCCUGCACCUGUUCCUCACUGCGCGCAACCUGACGGUGGUCAACUACUCCAGCAUAAAUAAAUUCAUGAAGUGGAUGAUGUACCCAGCUGGCUACGGUGUCCCUGCUGUCAUCGUGGCCAUUUCAGCAGCAUCCAGGCCUCACCUGUAUGGGACACCUGACCGCUGCUGGCUCCAGCUGGACAAGGGGUUCAUCUGGGGAUUUCUUGGCCCAGUCUGUGCCAUUGUCUGUGUGAAUUUAGUACUUUUUGUCUCUGUCCUUUGGAUUUUGAAAAGGAAACUUUCCUCUCUCAACAGUGACGUGUCAACCAUCCAGAACACAAGGAUGCUGACAUUCAAAGCCACAGCGCAGGUCUUCAUCCUGGGCUGCACGUGGUGUCUGGGCGUCCUCCAGGUGGGUCCAGCUGCCCAAAUCAUGGCGUACCUCUUCACCAUCAUCAACACCCUGUACAUUUUCUCUCGUGAGUGCAACUGUUGA